AUGGAAUCCGAAGAAGACGCGUCUGUAGUGGCGUGUGAAAAUGUCCAUAAAACGUAUCUGCUUGGCUCCGAAGGUGUCCCUGCUCUCCGUGGGGUUGCUGUGGACGUAAAAAGGGGUGAAUUUGUUCUUCUCUAUGGGACAAGUGGAGGUGGAAAAAGUACUUUGCUCAAUGUUCUUGGAACCAUCGAUCUGCCGACGAAAGGCAAUUUAUAUCUGUUUGGUCAGCGAAUCACAGCGCAAACCCCAGACAGCGUGCUUGCUCACCUCCGUUGUCACCGAAUGGGGUUUGUAUUUCAAUCGUUUAAUCUUUUGCCCUCUAUGGACGCGUUGGAAAACGUUUCUCUUCCAAUGACAAUUGCAGGGACGCGAACGGCCGCUGAAAUAAAAGAAAGGGCGAAAGAUCUUCUAGUUUCCGUUGGUCUUGGUGAUCGUUUGCAUCAUUUUCCUUCCAUGUUGUCAGGUGGCGAACAACAACGUGUGACUAUAGCACGAGCACUGGCAAAUGAUCCCGAAAUACUUCUCUUGGACGAACCAACUGGGGAUCUUGACACGAGGAACACAAUACUGGUGAUGAAUAUACUGACGAAGCUUAACCGUCAGAAUGGGCUCACAAUGGUUAUGGUGACUCACGAUGUGCACAUGAAACCGUACGCACAUCGAGUUUUGUAUUUGCGAGACGGUAAGCUGCAACACGUGGAGACGGUUGACUCUCGAGUACGAGAGAUGGCGCUAAGCAAAUUGAGAAGGAACGCCGAACACGCACUUGCAGGGAUAAAUGAUGAAAAUAAUCUCACCGUGGUGUCGGUGGUACGCAACCCUGCAGACUACGCCACCGCUGACGCCCAGUGUAAAAUGUCAUUUGAAGAUGAUCCGGGAAUGCAACAGGUUGUGGAGGUCCUUUUUACGGGUUAG